UCAUGCGGCGGAAUCCCUUCGGUGUGGACAUCUGCUGUCGAAAGGGGUCUCGGAGUCCCCUGCAGGAGCUCUACAACCCAAUCCAGCUGGAGCUGUCCAACACCGCCGUCCUGCACCAGAUGCGGCGGGACCAGGUGAGCGACACCUGCCGGGCCAGCAGCGCCGCGAGCCGCAAGCGGCGGGGGCUGACGCCCAGCGACCUGAAGCACCUGGUGGUGGACGAGGACCACGAGCUCAUCUACUGCUACGUCCCCAAGGUGGCCUGCACCAACUGGAAGCGGCUCAUGAUGGUGCUGACGGGGCGCGGCAAGUACAGCGACCCCAUGGAGAUCCCGGCCAGCGAGGCGCACGUCUCGGCCAACCUGAAGACCCUCAACCAGUACAGCAUCCCCGAGAUCAACCACCGCUUGAAGAGCUACAUGAAGUUCCUGUUCGUGCGCGAGCCCUUCGAGCGGCUGGUGUCGGCCUACCGCAACAAGUUCACGCAGAAGUACAACACGUCCUUCCACAAGCGCUACGGCACCAAGAUCAUCCGGCGCCAGCGCAAGAACGCCACGCAGGAGGCGCUGCGCAAGGGCCACGACGUCAAGUUCGAGGAGUUCGUGGCCUACCUCAUCGACCCGCACACGCAGCGCGAGGAGCCCUUCAACGAGCACUGGCAGACGGUCUACUCCCUGUGCCACCCGUGCCACAUCCGCUACGACCUUGUGGGCAAGUACGAGACGCUGGAGGAGGACUCCAAUUACGUCCUGCAGCUGGCGGGCGUGAGCGGCUCCCUGAAGUUCCCCACCUACGCCAAGUCCACGCGAACUACUGACGAGAUGACCACGGAGUUCUUCCAGAACAUCAGCUCCGAGCACCAGACGCAGCUCUACGAAGUCUACAAACUCGAUUUUUUAAUGUUCAAUUACUCAGUGCCCAGCUACCUGAAACUGGAAUGAAGGGCGGGGCGGGCAGGGGCGGGGGGGGGGCGGAAGUCGUGCUUUUUAAUUUAAGAGUUUUUUUAUUUGUCAAAAGAAUUCUAUGGAUAUUGGGUUAUUUUGUAAAUUAAUAUUUCUUUGGGGGAAGAUGCUGCGAGCAGCAUGGUGAGAAUUAUUUAAAAAUGAGGACGGGAUGGGGUGUCCGUGUCGGGCUUUCUGUCUGCUUUCCUGUGUCCUGGUGAAUCCCACGAAGUCUAAUGAAUAUUAUUUAUAGUUAUUUAAACACGGUCUCCGUAUAGAUUUCUUUCUGCGGAAGCAGCAUGCUGGUGACCUCCCGGAAGAAAUCUAUGGUUCCUGCUUUGCUGCAGCUUCUUGGGGCCUGGUGUUCAUCUCCGUGCCAACCUCUUGCAUCAGUGGUACGGUCCUGGUGACCUGCACAGAUGCCACCCUUCUCGAGACUCUGCUGGAAGGAAAUAGGUUGCUCUCAUGCUUGGAAAGCGCCUUCCUGGGGGAUGAAUUCCAAACCAGUUUCAGUCGACCUGAACACCCCCUGCACUAAAGAAAUGUGAUUUUUUUUUUCCCCCCUUCAGAGAGCACUGAAUGUAGCAGUUUUUUUCACCAGGAUUAGCAGCCUGAUAGAUGAGACCCUUUUAAGGGAAUUCUUAACUAAUAGAGCCAGUUUUGGAGAAAGCAAAGUAGCUGUUGCUUUAGAGCCCAUGGGUAUUUAUUAAGCAUCUACUAUAUUCUAGGCCCUUGUGUAGGCCUUGCAGAGAGAACAUUGAGCAACUCAUAGCCUUGGUCCUCAUGAAGUUUUAUAUGGACCGAGAGUGUCCAGCUACCUGUUAGCAAACCCUGACAGCACUGGCUUUGGGGGAGCUCUGGACUCUUCAUGUAACCCACACAGUCUGUGACCCCCACACACCAGUAUCAGCCUCCUCACUUGGAGUGAUCUCAGCACAUUGCUCAAUGUAAAAUGUGGCAAAAACAUCCCCACCCUCAGCCUGGUGCAGCUUCUUGGUAGCAGCUGCCUUUAACCCCAGAAUGUGCUCCGCAAGCUGAGCAUGGCGGGUGCUGUGAUCGAUUAGUGAUGUCUGCCUUGGAUAGGGCAAGGGACACACCAGGCCCCUCCUAGGGCUCCCUCAACACAUUACAGUGACAUGCACACAUCGAGGGGUCGCAGCACCUGGCAUUUCACACUCUCACAUCCAGGGGAAGUUCAGCCCCAGUGGCACCUUCAUGACUGCCACAUGUGACAGCAGGGACAGCCUUGCUUCCUCCCCCGGAGGCCGGAAGUUUGCCAUGUUCUGCUCCUUGCUGAUUAACGUCCAAGCCUGCUUCUCAUUCCCAGACACUUCCCAGCCUCUCUGUUGGAGCUUGAGCCGUGUCCCUCAGAGAGCAGUGGAUGAGUCCUGUCACCAAUACUGUAAAUAAUAAAAUAAUAGUAAUGGGGCAGGUGGGUGGGGUGUGGGUGAAUUUUGCUGUUUUCUUUUUGGUGCAGUAUAUAGUGAAGGGAUGGCAAUGUUCUGAACAAACAAAAAUGAGCAAUUUAUUCACAGGAAUGAUUAAAGCUGUAUUGUGAGUCUCACAGCAAGCCAGCGAGCGGCAGGAAAUUCCUGUCUCACCAAGGAAGUGAUUUUAUUUAGGGGAAGGUGGUGGCAUUCCCUCACACUGCUCUCUGGGGCGUGGUGUGACAGAAGUGAGGGCUUCUGUGGCCACUCAUCCUCGGGACACACACCAAGGUUGGUUUGCUCUCUGCGAGUCUUAGAACCUUGAGUGUGUGCUGGGCUUCCCACAUCCUGAGGGCACCCCAAGUGGGCAGGUCGCCCUGGAUCUCUGGUUAGGGUGGACUUCGCGAAUCUGAGGCCUGCGAGGGUGAAACUGCCCCCCAACAACAAACAGCAAGACCAGAAUAGCACCACCACCUGCACCUGGCUUCAGGAACUGGAUUAAGCUCUGACGAGUGCAGUGGCUCCAUCCCUCCCCAGCAGAGAGGGCGUCUCUGGAGCAGGGGCCCCGCAGCCCCACGUGCCGCCGACAGGUGGCUCAGGAGCACGGGCUCAGCGGCCCUCCGUGCACUUGUCCAGCUGUCCUGGAGAUGCACGUGUCUGUCCCAUGUC